AUUUUCUCGCCGUUAUGUUGGAUGCGUUGUAUUGAUUUCACUCGUCAAAAUGGCGCUUAACUUGUUGGUUAAGGUUCAUCCGGUCGUUUUAUUUCAAAUUGUCGAUGCUUACGAACGACGAAAUGCCGAUUCACAACGUGUUAUCGGUACUUUACUUGGUACCGCGGAUAAAGGCAUCGUAGAAGUAACAAAUUGCUUCUGUGUACCUCAUAAAGAAUAUGAUGAUCAAGUUGAAGCGGAACUUAGUUAUGCCAUGGAUGUAUAUGAAUUAAACAGAAAAGUUAACUCGAGCGAAAAUAUCGUUGGUUGGUGGGCCACAGGACAUGAAGUAACUAAUCAUAGUUCAGUAAUCCACGAGUAUUAUUCAAGGGAAUGUAACAAUCCGGUUCAUGUUACGCUUGAUACGAGUUUACAAGGUGCUAGAAUGGGCUUAAAAGCAUACAUUUGUGUCCCAUUAGGUGUACCAGGUGGAAAACAAGGAUGUAUGUUUACCCCAGUUUCUGUUGAGAUAACUUGUUAUGAUCCCGAAGUCUUUGGAUUACAAUUGUGUCAAAAAACGAUUGGGGCUGGUAACGUUAGAGAACGAACCUUCAGAACUGUUCAUCCAAUGUCCGAUUUAGCCCAAGUUUCUGAAGCUGGCUCAAAAUUGACGGUUUUGUUAGAUCAAGUUUUGGUUUUCGUUGAAGAUGUUUUAGCUAAUCGUGUCCCCACCAAUAACGCAGUGGGACGAUCGUUACUCGAUUUGGUUAAUUCUAUACCUCAUAUGAGUAACGAACAAUUCUCCGAGAUGUUUAACAGUAACGUUAAAGAUUUAUUAAUGGUUAUUUCUUUGUCGCAACUAUUGAAAACACAAUUGCAAUUAAAUGAAAAACUUACAUUAUUGACAUCUAUGUAAAGAAGAAAAUUGUGUUUGUAUAUUUUUU